AUGAACAAAACACAAGCAAAUCAACAAGAUUCAGUCAGUCCUACUGUUAAAGCAACACUAAAUUGUAUAUAUAAACGCAUAUGUUCUGAAAUUUGUCGUACGGAAUCAGUGAAACCAUCAACUUCACAUAUAUUCUUCAUCUUUGAUGCAUCUGGUGAUUUAGCUAAAAAGAAGAUUUAUCCAACACUUUCGUGGCUAUAUCGUGAUGGACUUUUACCAGAACGCAUUCGAUUUAUUGGCUAUGCACGUAAUUUAAUAACAAUUGAAAAAAUCUUUGAAAAUGCACCUAAAUAUAUGAAAAUUCAGGAAGAUGAACGUGAAACAUAUGAAAAAUUUGUCCAUAUAAAUUUCUAUGUUGUUGAUUCAUAUGAUAAUGGAAAAGAUUUCGAAAAUUUAAAUGUUGAAGCUAAUAAAUUAUCAAAACAAGAUAGUGCACAUCGAAUUUUUUAUUUAGCAUUACCACCAAGUAUUUAUGAAAGUGUUACCGAAUUGAUUAGUAAACAUUGCCGACCAAAAUCACCUGAUUGGUUACGUUUAAUUGUUGAAAAACCAUUUAAAGAAAUUUAUCGUAUUGUUCAUUAUUUGGGAAAAGAAAUGGUACAAAAUAUCAUUGUACUUAGAUUUGCAAAUCAAAUUUUAUCAAGAGUUUGGAAUAGAGAUUCUAUUGCAGCAGUUAAUAUUAUUUUUAAAGAAGAUAUUGGAACACAAGGAAGAGGAGAUUAUUUUGACGAAUUUGGAAUAAUUCGGUAUGAAGAUAUUUAUUUCAAAAAUAUUCAGGAAUCACUCCUUAGUAAAGUGAAUAAGUAGUGAAGACAGAACAUUGAUUCAAGCAAAAUCUUGUUCGAUGUUUUCUCUUUCAUAGGAAGACUUGGUCAGCAUAUCUAAAUAAAUAACAAUUUUGAGAAUAGCUCAGGCGUCAAUGCUACUUCGUCCUGUGUUCUGAGUAUGCUAGUUAUAGUAUUGCAAUUUAAUCAAAUGAAGUUUUGACGGCUUCAACGUCUUUUUCAUUUAGUAUCUUAACAAAGU